AUGCAGAGCCAACAGCCUCCCCUCAUCAGAUCAGCUCCUAAACCUGCCGCCGACCCUGCUCAUGGCGCUGCCAUGAUCUUUCUCCAUGGUCUCGAUGAUGAUGCCAUGGGAUGGGAGAACAUAGCCACACAGUUUCACCAAGGGAACAAGCUACCUUAUAUGCAAUGGAUCUUCCCAAAUGCACCACAUAAUAUCGAUGCUAGGCAGAAUGCCUGGUAUGCACCCUCGUCCUUGCAACCCGCCCCUGCUGGUCGUCCGGAACUCGCUCCAGAAGAAGACGAGGAGGGUCUGAGAAAAAGUGUCGAAUAUGUCGAAUCCCUCAUUGAUGAUCUCACGUCAAGAGGAAUCCCAUCCAAUCGCAUAGUCCUCGGUGGCUUCUCACAAGGCUGCGCUCUGGCGUUGCUUACUGAGCUGACUUCGCGCUAUUCUGGAAAGCUUGCAGGCAUUGUCGGCUUGAUGGGUUACCUACCGCUACCCGAGACCAUUCAGAAGUUACGCACUGCAGGCGGACUGCCUCACGUGGUAGGCCAUGUGCCCAUGUUCCUGGGACGUGGAACUUCAGACCGAUUGAUCCCGCGUAGCAAAUGGACCGAGGGCCUGAACAAGUUGAAAGAGUUGGGCGUCGAUGAUGGCGCGUUGGAGAUCAAAGAGUACGAGGGCUUGGCGCAUGCGCUGUCACCUGCUGUCUUGCAGGACUUGAGUAAAUGGUUGGCAAGAGUGGUGCCCCAGCUGGAAGAUUGA